CGAUGGCGCUGAACACGGCGCGGCUCGAGCGGGCGCAGCUCGUCGCCUCGGAGCUCGCGACUGUCUCGACGUCCAACGUCACGCGCGUCGGCCCGGCGUACGCCUGUGUCACGUACUACAAAAUGGACAUUUCGUUCAAGCGCACACCGCACAAGUGGACGAUCGCGAAGCGCUACUCGGAGUUCUUCGCCCUCCGACGAACGCUCAAGUCGCUCAUGCACCGCGCCAAGAAGCAGCCGUCCGACAAGGUCGCGCUGCCGCUCAAGCUGCUCGACGACGCCAUCUCCAAGGCCUUCCCACGCCGCCAUUUCCGCGCGGAUAACGAAGCGAUCAUUGCCGAGCGGCGAGCGGCGCUUGAGGCGUUCGUCCAGCUGCUCGUCAAGAUCAUGAGCAGCUUUCCGCCUGAUUUUGACCGCGAUACGCGUGCUGGUCUCCUCAAGGACCUCCACGGACUGCUCAAGCUGUUUCUGGCCUUUCCCGAAGAGCAGCUGCAUCUGGACGCGAAGCGAACCCUCGCGAUUCUAGCCCUCGAAGAUGUUGUCGUCGCCGCCAGUAGCGACGAGGCGUCAACGACGGCGUCGGUUGUGAGUGAAGACUGCUGCAGCAUCUGCCUAUGCGACUGGCACGACGCCGAGUGUGCCACCAUGCACGUGGUCAAGCUCCCUUGCAACCAUGUCUUUCACGAAGAGUGUGUCCUCGACUGGCUCAACGGCAGUGCCGAGUGCCCUCUCUGUCGGUCCGAGCCGCCACCGAGAUGAGUUGAAACUCCAUCGCCUCAUUGAACGCAUGACGUGGCACGCGCACGGCGUUUAGCGUCAGCAUUGGGAUGCGUUUAACUCAGGUUCAAAUACACAAAAAUGACACGACUG